AUGCGCCGCACACCCGUUGAUUUGAGUCUUUUUCUGACUCUGGCCAGUCCGAUAUUUGGUGCUGCCCUUAUCAGCCCAGUCUCAAGUCCUGUCCUCUUGACAAUAUCCCCGGACGCAAGCUGUGGGAAAACAUCUGGAUUCACAUGCGAAGGCUCUCAAUGGGGCAACUGCUGUUCUCAGUAUAACUAUUGCGGAGCCUCUGCUUCUUACUGUGGAACUGGCUGCCAAUCUGGCUAUGGCACCUGCACAACUACUUCUGUUACUACCGCUGCCCCUGCCCCUUCUCAGGCGCUAAAGGUUAGCCAGGACGCCACUUGCGGCAACGGUGUCACUUGCCAGGGCUCCCAGUUCGGCAAUUGCUGCAGUGCCAAUGGAUGGUGUGGCAGCACUAAAGACUACUGCGGCACGGGUUGCCAGACCCUUUUUGGGGCUUGUGAUGCCGUUUCGAGUUCGUCGACCUCGAGGUCGGCAACUACUCGUGGCACGUCGACUAGCUCCACUUCGGUCACAAGCCGUACGACGUCGUCUUCAACUACGUCUACUUCGACAAGCAGUCGGACAACCUCGUCUUCGACAACCUCCAGGUUGACAACCUCAUCUUCGGCAACCUUGUCGACAUCAGUGACUGCUGCCACUAGCGGCACCGCUAGCUCCUCGUCGACUUCUUCCAUUACUGCGAGCCGUUCGUCUACUUCAGCGUCCAGCUCCUCGUCGAGCUUGUCAUCAAGCUCAUCUUCAAGUGCUAGCAGCACCACUAGCUCUUCGUCAACUUCUUCCUCUUCGAUUUUAUCCAGUACUGCCAGCCCCCUGGUCCACCCUUUCGUCCAGCUCUUCCUCAAGCACCUUAUCGAGCUCUUCUUUAACAGCAACGUUUACAAGCGCCUCUUUACCAACCUCCUCUUUGACUUCAUCCACUACUGCGAUUAUUUCGUCUACGUCAACUUCCAGCCUUUCGCCGGGCUCUUCGUUGACCUCUUCGUCAGGUUCUUCAUCAAGCACCUCAUCAAGCACCUCAUCAAGCACCUCAUCAGUAUCAACGUCUAG